AUGAACGAGGCAAACACAGAAUGGAAAAAUUGCGUCGGAAUAUGCACCGAUGGUGCUCGUUCUAUGUUCAGAAGAUUCCAAAGUAUUCAAGCACUUGUGAAACAAAAAUCGCCACAGUGCGUCUGGACACAUUGCAUGAUCCACAGAGAAGCUUUGGCUUCCAAAGAAAUGAGUCCUGGUUUGAAUAUUGUGUUAACUACUGUUGUAACCGUAGUAAAUUACAUAAAAAUGAGACCCCUGAAAUCAAGAAUCUUUUCCGCACUUUGUAAAGACAUGGGUGCAGUACAUCCAGCGUUACUAUUUUAUUGCGAGACAAGAUGGUUAUCACGAGGAAAAUUUUUGCAACGUGUUUAUGAAUUAAGAGAAGAAAUCGCCGUUUUCCUAGAAGAGAAAAACAGACCGGAAGCUGAGAAUUUUCGAGAUAGUUUAUUUGUGAUGAAAUUGAGCUACAUGGUCGACAUAUUCGAGAAAUUAAAUAACUUGAAUCUUCAACUGCAAGGAGCAAAUACACAUAUAUUGGAUACGAGUGAUAAAGUUAAUGCCUUUCGUAGGAAAUUGGAAUUGUGGAGCAGAAAUUUAAAGCAAGAAACUUAA